AUGAACGGACAACAAGGAGGCGAUGCCUCAAGCCAAGCCCAGCAGGAAGCUCAACUCGCCUAUCUGUUGAACGCCGCCGGACAAGGCGGUGGUGGAUUCAUGGGUGGCUUGCAAGGAAUGGGAGGAGCUGGGCGGCUCGGACUAACCGAUUCCGCGAUUGAAGAGCAGAUCCUUCAGCGAGCAUCUGCCUUGCGGGCUGAAGCUCUCAUGCAGCAACAACGUCAGCAUCAGCUUGGCAAUGCUCUGGCUGCACUCCAGCAGCAACAAUCCUUUCAACAGCAACACCAGCUGUCGGCACUUGCCGGUAUGGGAGGUAUGGGAAUGCAAGAGCAAGAAGCUCUCUAUGCCCGUGCUGCAGCCUUGCGCGAGCUCGGUGUUGGCGGAGGUCAAGGCAUGGGUGGCAGCAUGGGCGGCAGCAUGGGUGGCGGCAUGGACCGCCUGCAACAGUUCGAACUCAAUCGGUUUGAAGAAGUCGAGAGACGUCGGCAGCAGCUGAACGCUCUUGCCAAUCUCGGGGGAGGAUCUGGUGCUCGCCCAGAGGGAGCACCCUCAGCUGCUGAGCUCAGUCAAGACAGCAUCAGAAGCACUUCUUCUGAUGUCGAGAGAGUGCCUUCCGUUGCCCCUCCAGCACCUGUGCCAACCGAGAAGUCAAAGGAAGACCUCCGAAAGACACCUGGUACAGUCAUUGUCCCCUGUCGAGCUCGUGGAAUGCCCAUGGAUCACAACUUCAAGACUGCCUACUUUGUGAUUUCCGAAGAUGCCAAGCACGGGGAAGACUUGGUGUGCUCCUACUUCGCCUGCCGCAAUGGAGGUGUCAAGUUUCGCUACUGUGCCUAUUGUAUGGCUCCUGUUGCUAAACGAAACUUUUGCCGCCGGCACGACCAUGGAAUGUCCAAGCUAAAGGAUGGCAAGGUCCCAGAGGAUGAUGGAAAUCAAAGUGACUCCACUGGUGCUAGCAACAAGAAGGGCGUCGAUGCAGACGAGCCAAUGGCUGCGGCACCACUGCAAUGCUUGCCAGUCUCAAAGGAAGCAGACAAGCCAAAGCCACCUCAGGCUCUCGAUCUGCUAACGUCCACUGCUACCAGCCAGUUCUUGGACUCGAACGACAAGAAGCGCAAGAAGCCAAGUGAUGAAUACAAGGCCACUGAAGUGAUCACUGAUGCAGAUGGUGCUGAAGAUGCUCCCCCCGUCGGAGCCACUGAAGGGGAAGGCUCUCAAGGACUACGAAGCAUCAGUGCUAAGCGCCGAAAGCUCUGGACAGAGCUUCUUGUCAGACGCCCUCGCUCCAAAGACCCAAGGCACUUGUCUGCUUGGUUGAAUGAGGUUCUCACUGUUAGUGAGUUUGAAAUUCCUCUUGACCAAAUUCAUUUGAUGCCCGCUCCAGCAGCCGAAGAAUCUGCCGCUGGCUCUGGUUCCAGUGAUGAAGAAAAGAAGGAAAAGAAAGACAAGAAAGAAAAGAAGGAGAAAACCAAGGAGAAGAAAGAUAAGGAGAAAACCAAAGAACCAGCUAAAGGUAAAGAAUCAAGCAAGCCUAAGGAAUCCAAAGAGCCCAAGUCGCCUAAGGAACCAAAAGAACCCAAGGAAAAAAGCAGCCCCGGCGAAGAACCAAAAUCCAAGAAAUCGAAGCCAAGUGAACCAAAGCCAAGCGAAAAGGAGUCGUCCAGUAGUAGCGACGAAAAGUCUAAGGAAGAAGAGAAAAAACCAACCGACUCACCAGAAAAGUCGCCGAAGAAAUCUUCCUCCUCUCCCAAGAAGGGCGACGACGAUUUUGCUGGCAGCUUUGCAGACUGGAGAGACAGAAAGAAGGGGAAGGCCUUGUUGAAAAAGAGUACUGGAUCUCUCCGAAAGUAA